AUGGCAGCUACAUCAAAUGAUCAAAAUAAACUUGAAGUUUUGGUACCAGGUGAGGUUGGUUUUAUUGUUAGUCAUUGUGUUAUUGAACUUAUCAAUGCUGGAUAUGAGCCUAUUGUAGUUGAUAAUUUGUCAAAUUCUUCUAUAAUAAAUUUUCAUGGUGCAUGGAAGCAUUUAAUGAUUGGAAUAUUAUUCUUUUACGUUAUUUUACAUCCUGUUGGUGCUCAUGAAUCAGGUUUAAUUGGUGAGAAUCCUGUUGGUACACCAAAUAAUCUUAUGCCGUAUGUUGCUCAAGUAGCUGUUGGUAGAUUAUCACAUGUAAAUGUAAAUGUCACGGGUACUGAUUACGAUACACCGAAUGGAACAGAUUAA